UCUACCUAUCUGUCCUUAGCAUCUGUGUCGUUCAUUUCGUUGUUGGUUUGUGACUUGGAGAUGAAAAUUGUUUACGGAUUAAAAUAUGGUGUUUGUGUAGCAUGACUGGAAUUACUUAGGUAGAAGGCAUUAGUAUUAUUAGUGAGAAAUAAAUCAAGUCGUCAUUAAGAAUUGCGCAGUGAAAUGGCGGAAUCUGUAGCUGAAGAAUACAAGGCAUCGUUGCAAGACUUGAACUUCAAUAGCAAGCCUCAUAUCAAUAUGUUGACCAUGUUAGCUGAAGAAAACAAUCAACAUGCUCCAUUGAUCGUCGAUACAAUUGUUAAUCAUAUUAAAACGGUUCAACCUGAUCUGAAGCUUCCUAGUCUAUAUUUGGUAGAUUCAAUAAUGAAAAAUCUUGGCGGACAUUAUAUUGCUUUAUUUAGCAAACAUGUGGUUUCACUAUUCACAUCUGUAUUUUCCAAGGUUGAUGAAGCAACUAGAAGUGCACUUUAUAAAUUACGACAAACAUGGAAUGAGAUUUUAUCAAAGAAUACGUUGUAUGAAAUAGAUUGUCAAGUGAACGCGAUUGAUCCUGCUUGGCCCAUAACAGCUAAGGUACCUGUUGCUGCAAAAGUUCCUGUAGCGAAUCCUGCCCCAACAAAGAAUGCCAUUCAUGUUAACCCUAAGUUUCUUGGUGGACCUGCUGCUCAGGUUCCUCAACCACCAAGAAAUCAAGCCAAACCAAAUACUUUAAAGAAAAAUCAGAAUGUUGCAAAAGAGCCUGAAAAGGACAAAAUGAUUGAAUUGAAGAAAGAGCAGGCCGAAAUGCUGCGAAUGAUUGAAGAAAAGAAAAUGCAGUUGAAGGCACUUACACAAAAGAAACUGGAAAUGGCUGCCAAACAGAGGAAAAAGUCAGCUAUUGGAGCAGUGGUUUUACCUCAGCCAAACAUUGAGGAGAAGCCUUUAAAUCAUCGAGAUCCUCGUUUGAAGAAGAGUAUGUUAACUUCCCAGUCAGUUGUUGAAAGUUCAAAAAGUACUGUUCCCCUUCAGUCUGUUGUAGUGGUGCCAAAAAUGCCUUCAGAAUCUAAUACUAAUCAGAUUGAAGGUGAAAUUUCUAAAGCUGUUAGAAAAAGUAGUCCUAAACCUGAAGUUCAAAAUACGACUAAUGCAGUAAGUCAUUCUGCUGCAAAAGUUGAUCAAGGUCCAGAAAGUAUUAAAAAUUCUAAUAAAGAUGAAGGUUUGGAACGAAUCCCUAGAGAAAAUAACACAAGGAAACCCGUUCCUAAUAGAGAACAUGUUAAUAACAGAAAUGCCAAAUUUCAAAAUAAGAAGCACCCACUAAGUCCUGAAAAGAAAUCUAUGCCUUCUAAAAUGUUUUGUAAGGACUCUUUAAAUAAGAAGCGACCUAUUCAUAAUACAAGAUUGAAUCCUGAAAUUACAGGCCCCUCUGUUAAGAAGGGAAAAUUUGAAGCGCCAAAAGUUAAAAUUGAACCCGGUACAGAAUCUCACAUAUCCACUUAUACAGACGAUCCAUUACCUGCUGUUCACAAUAAAGAGAUACAUACAUCAGAUCAAAGAUUAACAGAAUCAUAUCAAGGAAAAAAAGAUAUGGAUUAUCGUCAUCAUCCUAGGAAUGCUAACAUUGCAAAAAAUAAACCUUGGCUCCAACAAGGUAGAAGAAUGCAUCAAAGAAGAUCACCAAACAACUACUUUCCACGAGGUAGCAAUAAAGAUAACAUGAAUGUUAGGGAUCAAAAGUACCCACCUAUUAAAGUUGAAUCUGAUGAAAGCUUAGUAAGGAAUAAAGAGUUUCAGCAUAUUGAUAAUUUAGACAAACCUCAGAAUGUACCUGAAAUUGAUCCAAGUCGAGUUACUGUAAAAACAGAAAUUCCAGAUCAAGCAUACAAUUCUAAGCCUUUUCUACUUCAUGAGAGAUUACAACCAACACAACAACCAAAAACUUUCAUGUUAGAUGGCAAAAAUAGAAAACUUUACUUUGUUAAUGACCGCUGUUUCACCAUUAUGGAUAACAAUGAACCGAGGGAACUUACUUUCAAUGGAGGACCAAGGAAUGUAUAUGUAGAAGGCCUUCCUAAACCAUUAGUACUUGGAUUUGGUGGACGACCACUUGAAUUUGAAACUGAUGGUAAACGAAACAGCAUUCAUUUUGGUGCUCCUUCGCGAGAGGUAUAUGUAAACAAUUAUCCAUAUGAAGCUUACUUUGGAGGACAGCCUUUCACUGCUAUAUUAGAGGAUAAGAAAGAGCACAGAAUUCGUAUUGAUGGACCACCUCCCCAGGUUGUUAUCAGUGAUGAACCUGCAUAUGAAUUAUAUGAGAUAUACAAUCGCGAUAAAAGGAUAUCACCAAUACCUCCAGGCAUGGAUACAAACUUAAAUAAUAAAGAUAUUGAUAUGAGAUCAAAAUCCAGUCAUGUAAUGAAGUCUUCCAUUUUACCUGAAAGUAUGAAGGAUGUAGAUUGGCGUCGUGUUCCUUUAGUAGAAGGUUCUAAUAUUCCUUGGAAUAUGCCUCAAGAUGUUUCUGUAGCUUCUAAUAUGAAUUAUUCUAGCCAGUCUGGGAUGUCAAUUUCUUCACAUUGGGAUAGUAGUAGCAAUCCAGGAAUCCUCAAUGAUGGCUCUAAUAUGGAAAGAAGCAAUAAAGUUCCUUGGCCACAUUCUUCUUAUAGAGGAGGUGAAAGGAUGCCACUUGGAGAUAGACCUUUGAUUGACCAAUCUUUACCUGUCAAUACUCAAGCACAAGUUAUUCCAAGCACAAAUUCAUCAUGGGAUUUAAAAUCUCAGUCUUCUCUACCUCCUCCUUCAGCUCUGCCUCCAUCACUCAACAAUUUAACUCUACCACCAAAUUUGUCAAAUCUGUCUACAUCUAUACAACAAAUGCCCAAUGUUAGUGUACCUCCACCUUCUUGGAAUCCAUUACCUCCCCCACCAAUGUUUACAUGCUCACUUCCUGAUUCAUUGAAACCAGUGCCUGUUGCUUCAAGUACAACAAACAUUCUUCCUGAAGCAAUGACAGCAACAACAGCUGCACCUCUUUCUACUUUACCUAUAAAUGUUGAAACAAUUUAUGAAAAACUUGUUGCUGCUGGCAUUAUUACAGAAAAACCAAAAGAAUCAACAGAAAAAGUAUCUGAGAAUACAGAAUAUAAUGAGAACACUUCUACAGAAAAGAAAGAUGCCGCAUCAGAAGAAGAAGUUCCAGAACCUGAGAUUCUUUUAACACCAAAAAGUUUAAGACAAUUCCGACCAAGUAUUAUUACUGCUUUGUACAAAGGUUCUCAAUGUGCAACAUGUGGUAUGAGAUUUAAGGAAAUUCAAAGUGAGCAGUACAGUCGACACUUAGAUUGGCAUUUCAGAAUGAAUAGGCGAGAAAAAGAUGGUGCUAAAAAAGCCUACUCAAGGAGGUUGUUUUAUGAAAUUAAAGAUUGGAUUCAGUUUAAUGAGAUUGAAGAAGCUGAAGAAAGAACACCUAGUUACUUUGAACUUCAAGCAGAUGGAGAUACGGCAAAGAAUGAUGAAAAAGAAAAAAUUCAAAGUGUACCUGCAAGUGAAUGUGAAACAGAGAAAUGUUCUGUUUGUGAUGAACAGUUUCAAUUAUUUUGGGUGGAAGAAGAAGAAGAGUGGCAUUUAAAGCAUGCUGUCAGUCAUGAUGGAGAAGCUUAUCAUCCAAUGUGUUAUGAGGAUUUCAAAAAGGCUACUGAAUUAGCUAAAAAGAAAGAAGAAGAAAGUUUAUUGGAGUCCGCUAAAGAAGAAGAGAAGUCUGCAUUGUCUGAGGAAACUUCAGAGGUAGAAGAAGUCAAAGAAGAAAAACUUGAUGAAGCUAGCGAAAAAGAAACUCCAACUGAUAAUGAGAAAGAACUAAAGACAGAACCUGAACCUGAGCCCGAUCCUGAACCCAACGCAAUGGAUGAAGAAACAAAAACCACAGAAGAAAAGCCUGAAGAUGAUAAACUUAUUACAGCCAAAACAGAACCUACUACAGAAGAAACAAUGGAGGUGGAUGCUGGUGAACAACAAGCUUCAGAAACAGAAGAACCCAUUAAAGAAGUACAACCAGAAAAGACUGUGGUUUCAAGUUCUGAUUCAGAAUUAGACAGUUUUGAAGAUGAAUUCCGUCCCCCAACUCCAGAUCCUCGCUUUAAUGUACAACCACCUGUUAUGAAAGGAACAGAAUUGUCCGCACUAUGUACCAUAAUGUAGAUGACACUAUUUUUUUUUUUUUUUUAAAUAUUUGUAAAAAUGUGAUAUAUGUACAUAAAUGAUUCUGUGAUCCAAAGAAUAAAUAUUUGUCUUUUUAUGUUGUGACUUUCUUUGACUGAUUUAUUGGUAGUAUGGCUUCUCUAACAUGUCCUCUGAUAAUCUAGAAAUAAAGUUGA